UGACGUCCUAUCUCAGAAUCAUAGUGCUGUACAUCACGGAAACAGGCCCUUCGACUCAACCUUUCAGAAUGAUUUUAAGGAAAAAAAGAAAAACACUAUACUUUGCUCUGAUGGCAUCAUUUAUUUUUCUGGUUUUCAAAUGGCAAAGUGGAAUAUCAGCAAAUGACAAAGAUAGUGAAUGGAAACGCACUGCUACAAUUCCUAAAGUUAGUAAUGAUGUGACUGAGACUACCCAAUGUUUACCAAAUAAAGCAUACAUCAACCAGACUGCAAAACUACCCAAGGUAUACCAGAACUUCUUGGAAUAUAAACACUGCAGGACUUUCCAAACUCUGGUGAAACCAAAGGUAUGCACUGAUGAAUUGUUCCUACUGUUAGCUAUUAAAUCUGAAGCUGCCAACAUUGACAGGCGAGUCACAAUUCGAAACACCUGGGGAAAAGCAGGAGUUAUACAUGGAGUUGAGAUCAAACUAGUGUUUCUUUUGGGCGAUUCCAAGAGGUUCCGGGGUCAGCCACUGCACCAAUUGUUGGCGUAUGAGAUCAAGGAGUUUGGUGAUAUCCUGCAAUGGGACUUUCAGGACAGCUUUUUCAACCUGACACUGAAGGAGAUUCACUUACACCGAUGGUUUGCUACAAACUGUCACUCGGCAAAGUUUGUUUUAAAGGGAGACGAUGACGUCUUUGUGAACACAUUGAACGUGUUGGAAUAUCUCCGAGGUUUUGAUCCAAACAAGGACCUUUUUGUAGGGCACAUUAUUUACAAUGCCAGACCAAAAAGGAAUAAUAAAAUUAAGUAUUUUAUCCCUGAAAUCAUGUAUAAACAGAAAACAUAUCCCGCCUACGCUGGAGGUGGGGGCUAUAUAAUGUCCAGGAAAACUGUAUUACGUCUGCAUAAGGCAGCAGGCAAUAUUGACCUUUUCCCAAUUGAUGACGUGUUUGUUGGGAUGUGUUUGUUACAAUUGAGAAUAACUCCCAUCUCACAUAUGGGCUUUAAGACACUUGGUGUUCCUAAAGGAUUUGAAUUCCAUCCAUGUUUAUAUAAAGACCUCAUCGUGGUGCACAAACUGAAUCCAGCUGAAAUGUGGAUUAUGUGGAGUUUAGUGACGGACACAAAGUAUAAAUGUGCGAGGAUACAGGGAGAAGGGCACUAG